CGCGUGGAGGCGUCAGGUGACCCGCUGCUGAACUGCCCGGUAGUCCGGGACCCGUCCUGCUGCUCGGCUGAAGCCCAGAGUCCAGACGCUCCUGCUCGCUGCAGCCACCUUGUGAUGUGAGCGGCUGGUUCAGCCUUCUGCAUCUAUCUGUCCACAUCAGUGAAGAUCAAUCAGAGAUGGCGGCGAUCUUAGCUGCAGCCCUGCAGGCGGCCGGCGGCGGAGGAAGAGGGGUGAAGUGUCUUCAGGUACUGGUGGUGUCUCUCCUCCCGCUGCUGUGGCUGCAACCUGCGGACUCCAGCACUGAUCCUGAUGCCAAAUCCUGGAGCCAGACCGGACCACGGCUGCAGCUGUCCCACUCAGACCUGACGAACAGCUCUGCCGUAUUCUGGGAGGGCGGAGUCAGCGGUGGAUACCAGGUCUUGCUGUUGGACGAGGAUCAAGGAUGGCUAUUGGUCGGAGGGAAGGACCACAUCUACCUGCUGAGGCCCGACAGCUUGGAUCUGCCCGCGAGGACGAUCCACUGGCCCGCUGCCAGAGAACAUGUGGAGCACUGCAGGCUGGCAGGGAAAAGUCUGGAGACAGACUGCGCCAACUUUGUGCGGCUGCUGCAGCCUUUCAAUAAGACCCACGUUUAUGCUUGUGGCACCGGCGCCUUCCAUCCUCAGUGCACGUACCUGCACUUAGGACACAACUCAGAGGAGCCGUCCUUCAUGCUGGCUCAUACAGUCGAGUCGGGCAGAGGAAAAUGUCCCUUCAGUCCCAGAGAGCCCUUCACCGCUAGACUGACUGACGGUGAGCUGUACGCUGGUACCUCGGUAGAUUUCAUGGGCGCCAACGCUGCGAUCUUCCGUACGUCUGUCCGGGGCCACAGUCAACAUUACAUCCGGACUGAAGCCUACGAUCACAACUGGCUCAACGAGCCGGAGUUCGUGGGCUCCUUCUCCAUCCCGGACACUCACAGUCCAGACGACGACAAGGUCUACUUCUUCUUCAAGGAGAGGGCGGUGGAGGCGGGGCAGUGGGACAGGAGGGUGUACAGCCGAGUGGCUCGAGUCUGCAAGAAUGACGUAGGCGGGAAGAGGAGCCUGAUCAACCGGUGGACCACCUUCCUGAAAGCCAGGCUGGUCUGUUCUGUCCCCGGUCCGUCCGGAGUGGACACUCAGUUCGAUGAGCUCGAGGACAUCUUCGUUCUGGAGACCAAAGACCCUCAAAACCCGACGAUCUAUGGUGUCUUCAGUACGUCCAGCUCUAUAUUCCGUGGCUCAGCGGUGUGUGUGUACUCCAUGGCGUCUAUCCGUGCUGCUUUCAACGGGCCGUUUGCCCACAAGGAGGGUCCAGACUACCGCUGGGUGGAGUACAAGGGCCGCAUCCCCUAUCCGAGACCUGGAACUUGUCCCAGCGAGACCUACGACGCCCUCCACAAGUCCACCAAGGACUUCCCAGACGAGGUGGUGAGCUUCAUGCGGCAGCACCAGCUGAUGUGGGAGCCCGUCCUGCCUCUGGGCGGCAGACCCGUCUUGACCAAAGUCAACGCAGCCUACAUGUUGAAGAGGGUCGUGGUGGACCGGGUGGACGCUGAGGACGGACCUUACGACGUUUUACACCUGGGCACAGAUGAUGGGAGGGUGGUGAAGGCGGUGUCAGUCAUCAAAGACAACUGGGACACGGAGGAGAUCAUUCUGGAGGAGCUGACUGUCUUCCAGAGUCCUUCUCCCAUCCUGAGCAUGGAGCUGUCGACCAAGAGACAACAGCUGUAUGUGUCCAGUGAGCUGGGUGUGGCCCAGCUGGGCCUGCAGAGGUGCGAGUUAUACGGGACCGACUGCGCUGAGUGCUGCCUGGCCAGAGACCCCUACUGCUCCUGGGACGGACAGACCUGCUCCAGAUUCUUCCCCACCAGCAAGAGGCGGGCUCGGAGACAGGAUGUAAAGUACGGAGACCCCUGGAGUCAGUGCCCAAUCACAGAGGACGAUUCGGACUCUGUGGAGGUGAAGCUGGUGUACGGUGUGGAGGGAAACUCCACCUUCCUGGAGUGCGUUCCUCGGUCGACGCAGGCGGAGCUCAGGUGGACGGUGCAGCACACAGAGAGCCAGCAGCAAAGUCUCAGUCAGACGCAUGAGAGCAGGGAGCUCUCUCAGGGUGAUGACAACCGCUCCCUCCACAUGAAGCGGGGGCUGUUGGUUCAACACCUGGAGCUGGCUGACGCAGGCCUCUACACCUGCACCAGCCGGGAGCACUCCUACAGCCAGGUCCUGGCCCGAUACCACGUCCACAUUAUCCCCAACGACAGCCUCCACCCAACCCGGCGCCAGCAGAACCACAGCCCGAACCACCCGGGCCCCGUGGUCCACGGGAAGGUCAGCCCAGCAGGGGUUGCCGGGUUCCUCGGCCAGUCAGGCCCCCAUCAUCCACCUCCGCCGCUGCCGGGACACAGGAACUCGUGGCUGCCCCAGCAUCCUCAGCAGCUUCCUCUAAGGAGCUACAAAGACCUGCACAUGGUGGGGACCAACAGUCUGAGCGUGGACGAGUACUGCGAGCAGCUGUGGUACCGCGAGAAACGCCGGCAGCAGAAGCUUCGCACGCUGAAGCUGAAACAGGAGAGCAGGAAAGCCCGGGUGAGGAGGAACAACCCUCCUGAGAUUCCCCUCUAGUCCCCUGGAGGACACAGAGACUGUCGAUGGACAACAGAUCCUGGACAUGCAGAGGACAAGCAAAGGGCUCAUCAAGCAAAUAAUGCCAGAGACUGACAGAAAAAAUGAAAAAAGAAGGUGUUAGUGUAUCCUCAUGCUGUUUUUUUGACAUUUAGACACAACAAAAAUGAAUAUGUAAAAAAAUGUAUAUUAUUAGCAGUAUAUUCAUUAUUGUUUGAGACAUAGCUUCAGUUAGGAAUGAAAUUCAGACAGUAUUAUGAGUGUAUAACACAAGACGAUAAACUGUGUAAUCUGUCCAUCUGACACGGUUCAAACUGAUCAUACAGUGGUUUACUUACGAACCAUCAAGUACAAGAUGCCAUUUGCUAAAAUAUCUGAAUAAGCUAGCUAAGCUAAUUAUCUUAUCAAUGCCAACAACUGUUAAACUUAACUGGUCUGAGUUUAAAGUUACCAUUUGUAGUGUUAGAGAGUCCAGUGGGUUAAAGUGGAGUCUUAACAGACUCUUAUGAAUGAACAAAUAUCCUCACUUCAACCAUCAUUUUUUCGAGUAUGUCCCUUUUUCUAUCCAAACUUUGAAAUUAGACCUUUCUACAAGCAGUUCUGCAGCUGACAGGAAAUUUGUUGCUAAAUUGCAAAUUCUUCAUUUAGGACCAACAAAUGGGAAAAUGUAUCAGGAUCUCACAGAAAUAUAUCUACUAUAUAUGCAGCAUAAAUGAACGACAGAAGACUAAACUGAAAAGUGUUUGCCCGAUUUACUGCCACACGUUUAACUGUUUAACAAAGACAGCUAAUGUUUUCUACAUGUAUUUAUGUUUGUUCUGAGAUGUAAUGUGAUCACCUAAUGGACUGAAUACAGACCUCCGUGGAAACGCACACAUGACAUGGACCUUUCUUCACAAAGCAUUAUGUAUAGCUUAUUAACUUUGCCAUGUAACUAAUAAUUAUUAUUCACAUCAAUGUAUAUUAAAGAACUCUAUUUUUGAUAGUUUUCUUUCUUUAUAAGCUAGAAUUUAGUCAAUUUGUUCAUUUGAACUUCUGUAUUUCUCGUAAGCAAACUUAAAACUUUUUUAAACUCUAAGAAGCCUUGAGAUCAAGAAGUGAGUAAUGAAAUUGUGUUUUACUGUUUGUGAAUAAGCCACAAAAUGAUGUAAAAUAAAAACUAUAAAAUCA